AUGGACGACAACCUGCCGCCCGCUCGCAAAAUCGUCCACACGGAGUACGUUGUUCCCCUCCUGCGGCUAGCCUGCGUAUGUCGCCGAUGGCGAUACCUCAUAGUCGGUGCUAGCACCUUGUGGUCCAGCCUGUUCGUCGACGUCGACAGAGAAGCUGCGCUAGACAACGUAAGCCAGUUAUUCCACACUAGAGCUGCUCACGCCCCCCUCAAAGUCACCCUCAUAGUACGCCAGAGGGCCCAUGUGCUUGAACUCUUGCCCGAGUGGGUUGCCAAGCUUCGCAGCUUCCAACUGAAGGUGGUCGGACUAUUCCCAGGGCACUACUCGACGCUGUUCCCCUCUGGCGCACCGCUCCUGGAGUGCCUCGCAAUAUCCUAUAGAAUGGACAUCCCGAACGACCCAAGGUGGCGCGUUGACAUCUCAAACUGCAUCUUCGGGGACGGUGUCACUCCUCUCAGAGCUUUAGCGAUCGUACCUGUCCAGUUCGACUUUCCAUCUGACUCGUUCCCUCACCUCACACACCUAUACCUAUCUCUGAAGACGACGAACAUGCAAGCCUACGAUCUCACCGGCGACGUGCUCAAACUCCUCUCGCGCACUCCACAGCUUCAAUACCUACACAUCAGCAGUGUGCCC